AUGAAAAUUCUCCUUCUGCUUCUUGCCGUCUUUCUGGCAACUGAACCAGUGAUGUCAGGAAGACAUUCUCUCCUUCAGUGCAUGGGUGACAGAGGAGUCUGCAGAUCUUCCUGCAAAAAGGGUGAGCAGCCGUACUUCUACUGCAGAACUUCUCAGCCAUGCUGCCUCCAGUCCUACGUGAGGAUAAGCCUUACCAGCACAGAAGAAGACACCAACUGGUCUUAUGAGAAUCAAUGGCCCAAAAUACCUUGA